AUGACACUGCAAACAGUUGUAUCUCACAUGAGACAUAAAACUGUCAAGGUCCUCUGUGAUAAUAAAGGAGUAGGAUCGAUUGCAUUCAAUCUUCAUUUAGGUGACAAUGAUCGUGUGAAGUUGCUGUUACUGUAUACUGGUGAAGAAGAUCCAGGUUUAGUGAAAGCCGCCUCAGGAACCCUCGCUAUCCUGUCCUCUCAUAAUGAAGUCUGUGACAAGAUAUUUAAGGUAAAUGCCUGGUUAGAGCUCCUGCAAGGCAUCUGUGUGCAACCGGACAAGGACAUCCAGUUCCGAGGGGUUCACAUCGUGGCUCAAAUUAUAGAAAGCAAUGAGGAGAAUGCUAAGAAGAUAGUAGAGACCAACCUGCUGGAAGUCCUUAUGGCUCUGACCAAAGAUGCUAGUCCACAGAACAAGAGGAUUGCAACAAGGGCGGAGGAAGCGCUUGAUCAGGCAAGGGAAUGGGGUCUCAUUCAACGGGCCUAGUGCCUUGUAAAGUGCAAAAGUUUUGAGAAUUAGGGGGCUCUCUUUGACCGUCUGAACUCAAUUUGAUUUCAUAUUCAUUCGUCUUCCAUUUUAAUCAUAGUGAUUAAAGGAUUAAGAAUAUCAAAAGCAACUAUUUAGUCUUGAACCCUGAAUAAUUUCACCAGAAAAUCAUUAUUUAUUGCUACAAAAAAAUCAAACAUAUUAAACUGGAAACAUUUUUCUGAUAUCAUUUCUUUUAUACAUAAAUCUAUCAGAUUGAUCUCCCCUUAAGUGAAUGAUGAAUUUUCACUAUCUUUAAAUGGGAAUCCAACCUUGGUCAUCAAAAGUGAUAUGUUUGAAAAUAGAAAAAUCAGAAAAUCAGAAUGGUGAAAGUUUGUAAGAAAUCAGACAAGCAAUAACAAAGUUAUGGCUGCUUUAAAACUGAGAUCCCAGAGAUUAUGUAAAUUCAAAUUGGCAACUGGGUAAGUAAAUUAUGACAAAGGGCAUUGACAGCUUUCCCAUAGGCCAUGUACUUAAUUAUCAAGAUGAUUUCUCCUGAGUACCUAUUCCCCUGGGGCAGAAAUCAAAAUAUAACCCAGGUUGUUGUUGUUGUUUUUAUUUCUGUAAGAUUGAAAAUAUCAUACAAUAUUACAAAUAGAAUGUACAGUAUAUACAAAUAAGAUAAAAUUAUGGCUGGUAGCCCAUAUUCAGCCGGGCUAUUCCACGGUUACUCACGUUACAUUUGAAGACACCUUGACUCAUACUUGGAGCUGUAACUCCAUUAUUAUUGAUAGGAACUAAACAUCUCUUUAUCACAACAUAGUACGCAAUCUGACUAUCCUUUGUAUAAAAACAAAACUUGGGAAAUUUCAUUAUGCUCCUGGCAAAUCUUUGAAAUGUGUCGGUUACUCAUGUUACAUGAUUUGGACAUGCAUAAAAUGAAAAGUGGACAUAAGUGAAAAGUGUCCUCAUGCAAGGCUUUUAUGAAAGUUGAUUAUAUCCAUUUUAAAGAAGUAUAUUAGGGAGACAAAUUUGUAUGUAAUUAAAAAAAUAAAGAACACAUGGUUUUUACUAGGGGUGCAGAUAAAGUGGUUACUCACGUUACGGUUCAGAUGGGCUAUAUGUACAAAGACACAUUGAGCUCAUGUCCACCAACCUAUGGAAUUGCCCAGCUGCAUUUAUAAUUGUUACUGCUGGUCUUUCAUGGGGCCAGUGCCAUGUAAGACAAUUAAUACGACAAAUCAUAAAAUGAAAUAUAAUCCAUUGAUAAUGAGAUAACGAAUUAGAAAACAGAACUUAAACAAAACAAAGUAAAACAUAUAUGAAUAGAAAAAAAAUAUAUAUAUAAACAUAAACAAGAGGUACAUGUGUACAACUUACUAAAAUCUACAGUGUGUAAAGUUCAUGAAGGUGAUUUUUAAAGUUAGUUAGAGUGGGAAGUUUACGCAGAUUAGUGGGUAAUUUAUUAUAUUCUGAGGAAGCUCUGUACAUGAAUGUUCUUUUACAAUAAUUUGAAUCUGGAUUAGGUAAUGAAAGCAUGUUAAAGUUUCAGAGGGAAUAUGGCAGAGAUCUAAAACCGUCUGUCUUUCAAAUAUUCUGGGGUCAAGUUAGUUAAUACUUUAUAAAUGAAGAGUAGGAGAUGUAUUUUUUGCCUGUGAACUAGAGUUUGCCAGUCAAGGUGGCUGUGAAUUUGGUUCGUAGAAGUAUUAGAGUAUUGGUUAACAUUGGUUAUUAUCCGUCCAGCCCUGUUUUGGAUUUUCUGCAGUUGUGAUAAACAUUUUUUGCUGGUAGACUGCCGAAUUACAUCUCCAUAAUCAAAAUGGGGUAAGAAGAUACAUUUAUAUAUCAAUUUAUUAAGUUCAGACAUGUUUACAUACUGUCUUAAUCUGCCUAAAUAAUUUACCAUUUUACUAAUCUUGCUACACAUCUUUUCAAUGUGAACAUUGUAAUUUAUCAUCUACAUGAAUACCAAGAUAUCCAAAGCUAUUCACUUCAGACAACUGCUGAUCUUUAAUUUUUAUAUUCAAAAGUGUUUUUAGCAUGUUGCCUGUUCCAAGUAACAUGCAUACAGAUUUGUCUUAAUUGAUCUUUAGAUUGUUAUUAUUCAUCCAUAUUACCAGGCCUUUUAUAAACUCUUUAUUUAGGGCAUUUUCUAAAACUUCAGGAUUUUUAUAUGAAUAAUGAAUGAGUGUGUCAUCUGCAUAAAGAUGAACUUUGCACUCCUCGAAAGCAAAAUGUAUGUCAUUUAUGAAAAUGAUGAACAACAGCGGUCGCAGUAAAGAACCUUGUGGUGCACCUUUCGUAAUCGCCUUUUCUUCAGAAAGUACAUUAUUGAUACAAUUUCUAAAUUUUCUGUUGGAUAAAUAGUUUGUAAACCAUUGUAAUUCUUUAUCCUUGACACCAAUAGACUAAAGCUUAGAAAUAAGAAGUAAGUGAUCGACCAUGUCAAACGCUUUUUGCAAAUCUAAGAAAAUAGUGCCAACAUCGGAGCCACUAUCUAUUUUGUUGAACCAGUCAUCUGUUACUGUGGCUAGUGUGGUUACAGUGGAGUGUUUUGGUUGAAAUCCCAACUAAUUUUGGCAAAGCAAGAAAUGCAUCUUCAAAUAAUUCAGUAACUUUUUUGAACUAUUCUUUCCAAAACUUUAGAGGCACAAGGCAACAAUAAAGUCGGCCUGCAGUUUAUAUUAUAAUCUUAUUUGUCUCCCUUUUUGUGUAGUAUGGGUAUUACUUUGUUUUCUGUCCUGAUGAAAGAAAAAUAUAAUUUGAAUUAAAACUUGAAUUUUUUUAAAAAGCAAUUGUAUAUAUUGGAGUAAGUGGAAGAGUAGUCCUUGCCAUACAUCACUAUGACAUCACAAAUGUUGCCAAUUUGAAGUGUCCAUGGAUAUUAGCGAUUAAUACAACGUUUUAAAAUUCAUAACUUUCUUCUUGUUUGUCUAAUAUUGUUCAAAUUUUCAUUUAACAACUUGUCUGAUUUUUCUUUUUCCUCUAAAAAGUAAUUUUUAUUUGGGUUUGAUUCCCCUUUAAAUUGUCGUGUAAUUUUUUGUUUCUUCAUGGAGAUUUUUGUGUUUUUUUUACACACAUGGACAAUAUUAAAUACAACACUAGUGGAAAAAAUACACUGGGGUUUGGGGUAAUUUUGAACCUGAAAUGCCUAAAAGAGCCCUGGACUCUAAAAAAGGGGAAAAAAGUUUAUCAAAUGUUGCAGAUUUAGGCAGUAAGUUGUGAAAAAGUAGCCCACCCCAAGAAAUAAAUAAAACCUUUCGCCUGUACAACACACAUCAAACUUUAUUUUUUUAAUUUUUUUAUUAGACCUAUUAUGUUAACUUAUGUCUUUUAAAGGUAAAAGACAGUAGUUGCAGCAAACAAUUAUUUCAUGAGAAAGUGUUUUAAAUCAAGGUUAAUUGUCACAGUAUUAUCAUACAUCUAGAUCUGGUACAUUAAUGUAAACUUAUCUUUGUAAAAUCAUGAAAUCUUAGCUCAAAAUCGAAAAUGGUGAUGAACACUGAAAAGCAUAUAUGGGACAGUGUAUUAACAUUGCUUCGAAAAAUACCCGGCAUUUGACGGAAUUCCGUGCUUAUUUGCUCAUUUCUCAGCAAUUAUGCAUUUUUGGCACAUAUUUAUUAUUCAUACAUACAAACACUUUGGUGGUAAUUUCAUUGGAUUCUUGUUGAACUCAUUUUGAGAUCGUUACCACUACUGGUAUGUAUCUUUAAAAGUAUUUCAAUGCAGAGUUUGUCAUUUGUCUCCAAUUGAUUUGGAUUUUUACAUAAGAAAAUUAAUCCCCUUUGUUAAAACACAGUGGUGAAAUCACGUACAAGAAUAUGUUCCAUUCAUUCAUACAGUCAUGCAUUACUUUACACAGCUUUAUUCCACAGUACACAGUUUACUUUACCGAAACAGCUUUUAUCAUCAUGCGUUCUUCGAAACAGUCCAAGAGGCACCGGUUUAAUUCAUAGCCACGAUCUUUGCAAAUUUGCAAAGAAUUUACUGCCCACAAAGAAAGGCUGUUUUUUAAUGUUUUUAUUGAACAAAUCAAAACAAAUCACAAUCACAAGCAAUCAAAACAUUUACAAAAUAUUGUAUCAUUACAC